GGUAUGCUAGCACAUGCUAACGCCUUCAGUUUAUCUGUGUUCUGUUUACGCGAAACGCUUAAAGUUAUAGUUGUGUGUCGCUAGUUCUGCUUUACUUCUACUUUAAUUUAUGGAAGCAUUAGCACUAGCACCCGGGUUUGUAAACAGAAAGCAGGAAAACGCUGUUUAACGAGGAGGACUACAUGCAGCGAGCAUGACUGACAGAGCCUGUGAGUCCAAGAAGAGGCUGUCCCUGUCCAAAAGUAAGAAGAAAGGUAGUAUUAAAGAUGCGACUCCGACCAAAACUCCAAUCACGUCGUUCUUCGUCAGUCAGCCUCCAACCAAGCUGGCCUGCCCCCUGUGUGGACAGAUGGUACCUCGGUUCAAAAUGAACGAGCACAUUGACAUGGAGUGCAAGAACUUUGAGAGUGGAGACAACAGCAUCAGUUUCCCCUCAGGAAGUACCAGUACUCAGCUGUCUCCUCAAAAAACCUCUGAGGACCAAAUUGAUGAAUCGGAAGCAAAGACGAGUCCUUAUUUUAAGAAGAGUGGAGUUCAGCAGGAACCACGGGAAAUAAGCAGCAAAACUGUGGUGAGAACCAUUGAUUUGGGGAGUCUGUCUUCUAAAUUAUCAAAGAACCGCAACAAGACGUCUGAGAAAAAACCCUCAGAGGACAAAAGCACCUUACAGGAGGUUUAUUCUCCUGAAACACUCAGCGGCUCCCAGAAAGAAAAUGUUUUGAUCCAUAAAUCAGAGGACAAGAAAGACAUUUUUCUGAUGAGUUCACCACAGGACAAUCCAUCAACCUCCAAAGGACACUCUUCUAAAUUCAAGCCACUGAAAACAGACUCCAGCCAAACAUUAGUUACCCCUAACUCAAAGCAGGCUAAACGAAAAAAAGAAGAAACCCCCAGUGUCAGACUGUCUAGUUCGCAAAAGAAGGCUAAAUAUGAAGGUAAAAGCGAAGAAGUAAAUAAAAAGUCUCAUGAUAUUACAGCCGAGACAACACAUCAAGAUGUUUCUGAAGAGAAGAGCGUUGUAGGUAUGAGUACAUCAGAAACUGCUUCUGCAGACGCUCCACCUCUUCCCUACUACCUGCGCAACUUCCAGACUGUGCUGCACGCUGUGCUGGAAAACGUGGACGACAGGGAACUGUUCAACCAGGAUGAUAUGUUGAUUAUAAAUACAUUUAAUAAACUUUCAGUUGCCGGACAGAAGCUGUAUGUGAGACUCUUUCAGAGGAAGCUCAAAUGGCUCCAGGUAAAUAAACUAGAAUAUGACGAGAUAAGCAAGGAUCUGGGUCCUGUUGCACAAGAACUGGCUCAAAGUGGGUUUCUACAGACUGAAAAUGAUCUUGAGGAUUUGGAGGAGGCUCUGGAUCUUCUACCAGCUCCUGAACUCAAAACCCUUGCUAAAACCUUCCAUUUGGCCAGUUCUGGGACUCAAAAACAGCAGAUAGUGGACGGACUUCUUCGCCUAAGCAAGCAGAAGUCCUUCUUCUCUUUGGCAUCUUCUCAAAACAAAGUUGGAGAUGUCAUUUUGAAAAGGGCAAAGACGCUCGCAGGUUCCUGCGUGCGUCUGUCUCGUGGUCCUCGGACAGUCUUCUCUCGCAUCCUUUUGCUCUUCUCUUUGACGGAAACCAUGGAUGAGGAGGAGAUGGCGGCUGGAGGACAGAACCAGCUUUUCACCAUCCUUUUAGUCAAUUCGGGACGCCUUGCCUUCCCAGACUAUACAGUGCACCGAGAAGCGAAAGUAUUUCAGGAUAGAGAGGAUCUGAUCAGAUAUGAAUCAGCCAUGCGAUCCCUCCUGGAGAUCACUGGGGCGAUGCAGGGGGGUCAGUGGGAAGUAGCUCUUGAGCUUUACACUGCAGCCAAAAGAAACUGGGAGGCGCUAAGGAAAAACCAAGACUUCAGGCAUCAUGAGGAACUCCCCGUGUUCCUGCGCAGCUUCACCACAGGAUGGGCCUACACUCGUAUCCUAUCCAGAGGGGUGGAGAUACUACAGAGACUCCGCCGCUAUGAGGAUGCAGUGGAAGAGCUGCAGUUUUUACUACGACAGACGGUUUACUGUGUUGACAGCCGCGGUCGAUGGUGGGACAGAAUGGCGCUUAAUCUGCACCAGCACCUCAAAAAACCUGAACAAGCGAUAUCGACUAUAAAAGAUGGCCUAUCAGACCCUUUAGUGCGCACAGGACAUAAACUAUCCCUUCACCAAAGAGCUGUUAGGAUGAAGGAGUCAGCCAGCUGCAAGAAAUACUGCCUAUUACUCAGGGACCUGCCCACUAUCCAAGUUCAAGAUGUCAAGCACGUGAAUAUUCAAGGCCAGCUGUUUCCUCAUGAGGGCGGCAUGGGGAAAUCUAGGUUUCUUCUACAAGCAGAUGAAGAGGGCGAGGAAAAUGCUCAUACUACUGUGAUAUGCUCAGUGGAGGAACUGUCAUUGGCACAUUAUCGAAAACAAGGGUUUGAUCAAGGAAUCCAUGGGGAAGGCUCAACAUUCUCCACCCUGAUUGCCCUUCUCAUGUGGGAUAUUGUUUUUAUGGAGGGCAUUACUGAUGUUUUUCGAAAUCCCUAUCAGACAUGUCCUCUGGAUCUUUACACCGACUGCUUCUAUGAAAACAGAAAGGAAGCCAUUACCUGCCGUGUUCAGUUACUGCGGGAAGCUUCUGUGGAAACCCUGUGUAGCAUGUUGGAAAAUGUCUGGACUUCCCAGGAGGGGAAAGUGUGCUCAUUGGUCAGCUGGGAACUCUUCUCAUCCCUACAGCAGGCCCAGUCUCUGGUGGCAUGCCUUGGAGGAGUUUUCUUGAGUGGGAUAGCUGAGCGAAUGGCAAAAGAUUACAGACACUGCCGUGGAGGUUUGCCGGAUCUUGUGGUGUGGAAUACCUCAAACAACACAUACAAACUCGUGGAGGUAAAGGGACCCAAUGACCGACUGUCUCAGAAGCAGCAGAUCUGGCUGGAUGAGCUUCAGAAACUGGGAGCUGAUGUGGAGGUGUGUCAUGUGACUGCUACUGGAGCCAGAGGGAAUCGUCUGGAGUAAACCAGGAAGUCCAGGGGGAACUUUGAUGCAUCAGCCAAAACAAAAAAACCCCCCAAAAAAACAAGGGAAAUGGAGAAAGACCUCUAGAAAAAAAAGAAGAUGGGCAUUUCUUUUGACCAGUCUAUCCAUAAACCUUGAGGAAAGUGGUUCUUAUCACACCAGCAAAUAUCCAACUUUUUCUGUACCUUUUAAGUGAUUGUUAAAAUAGUUGAAAAAUUAUAUUUUUGAGACCUUUGAAUACAUUUUUGGAAACAUUUGAAUGCAGUAUCCGGUGCCACGUCACAUCAUCAGCACAGAAUUUACCUUCAGUAUAAACAGACUUAAUAUGAAAUUAUCACAGAAAGCAAUAGUGAACAAGACCAGCUUUCUUUUCCAAAAAUCAAGAGAUUAAAAAAGGAAUGAGACUGAUGAAACCAGCAUUUAUACCUAGCAGGGUUAAAUUAUCCUUGCCAACUCUAUAAUUAUAGGAUCUUGAGUAACCAAGCAACUGAAACUCCUAUUUACAAAGCUGAUUGGAAAUACAAUGCAAACACUUACAGUUGACUUGUAAAAAUGCUGCUUUCACAUUUUUGUGAACAUAAUUAUAAACAGGCAAUUUAUUUUCACAAGACAUAAGAUACGGAACAAGAUAUAUUUUAAUUUUUGCAGGUUUUAUUGCAAAAUGUAUUUUAUGGCUAAUGUUUAAAAUCAAAUUUACACUGCACUUUACAAAAAAUAAUAAAUAAGAUGCAUCUAACUAACAUGUGAGUGCUUAUGUAUGUAAGAGAAAUAUUAGACAUUUCAAAUUUCUUGUACUUCAAAUGGCAAUAAAUUCUUGUUUGCAAUAAUAAACACUACUUUGUUGAAAGAUAUGCAUCACAGUACAAGACUAAGCUAAUUUUUAAAGAUGCUUGUUUGCUUAGCCAUGUAAAUCACUGUAAAAAGCACUGUAGUUUUUAUAAUUCACUCCGAAACUUGUUAUAAUUACAUGCAUUUUUUU